AUGAUCAUUGCCGUACAUUUGGUUCAAAUUCCCGGCACGGACCGUUAUCUCUUUAUGGAACGUCCUUCCGGCUACCACCCGGACAAUACCAACACCAUUGCGGGCUUUUUCGACUUGAACAUCCGCAAGUUCACACACGUAUAUUCUCCUGAUGGGUUAUUUUGCUGCGGCCACACGCUGCUCGACACGGGGGAUGUCGUGAUUGUGGGCGGACAUCAGGCCAAUGCGGGCUAUCCGGACGGAAUGAAAUCCAUUCGUACAUUCAACCGCUCGUGCACCGACCUGCAACUGCGCAAGAUUCGGGAGAUGGGCUGGCGCCGAUGGUACCCCACCCCCACACUCCUUCCGGACGGCAGGGUGCUCAUCAUGGGUGGAACGCAGGGUGUGGGGGCCGGUACGGCAAACAACCCGUUUUGGGAAAUGUACGACCCAGCUACAAGCAAUGUGACGCCGUACGCCAUGCGUCCUCUGUACUUGGACCAGUCUACGCAGAUCUACUACCCCUUCAAUUAUGUGCUUCCCGAGGGUUUCUUAUUUUCGUUUUGCGGCCGCUCCGGCUGGAUUAUGGAUUGGCGGAACAACAACUGGCGUCAGGAAGUGCCCAAGCUGAGAGGGUACGGCAAUUUGCAGUUCCCAUUCACGGGGACUUCCGCGAUGCUGGGGCUGUAUCCCGAGAACAACUACCAGGUGGAAAUUAUGUUGUUCGGCGGUGCGAAUGAGGGAGCCGUCAGAAAUUUGAGCAUGCUUGCCAAUCGGGGAGCCAACCGCUUGGCGUUGACGUUCAACAAAGCGACAGGCAACUACACGUUUAAUGGCUGGGUGUUUGAGCAAAUGACGAUUGGCCGUGUGAUGCCGGACUCCGUAUUGCUGCCGAACGGCAGGGUCAUUAUUCUGAACGGCGCAUGGGUGAGCCUGGGUGGUUGGGUUGGGUAUUGA